AUGGCACCUAACCCUAAAACUCCUGUUGACGCUAACGCUGCUGGCCCUAUGUUGCGUUACCAAAAGAACCUCCCCAAGCUUCCUGUUCCUGCUCUCAGUGAGACACUUCAAAAGUACCUCAAGUCUGUCCAUCCCCUUUUGAGCGAAGAAGAAUACAAGCGUACUGAGCAAGCUGUCAAGGAGUUCGAGGCUCCCGGUGGAUUAGGCCAAGAACUGCAAAAGCGUCUUGUUGCUCGUGCUCAAAACCCUGAAAUUGUCAACUGGAUGGAAGAAUGGUGGAACGAUCAAGCUUAUAUGGGUUACCGUGAUCCUGUCGUCGUCUAUGUAUCUUACUUCUUUGCUUACAAGGAUGACAAAUUCCGCAAGAUCCCUGCUCAACGUGCUGCUGCCAUCACCACUGCUGCUCUCGAGUUCAAGAAGCUGGUCGUUGAGAACAAACUGGAGCCGGAAUAUGCCAAGGGAGAGCCUUUGUGUAUGGAUUCAUACAAGUACAUGUUCAACAAUUGCCGUAUUGCCAAGAAGCCCAGUGAUUUGGCUGCUUCUUAUGAUCCUUUCAAGAACACUCACAUCAUUGCCAUCCGCAAGAACAAGUUCUACUUUGUCGAUACCGUCCACAAUGGUGUUCAACUCAAUACCAAGGAGCUCGAACAACAAUUCCAAAGCGUCAUUGAUCAAGCUGGUGAUAUCAAAGGCCUUCCUAUUGGUGUAUUGACUGCCGACAAUCGUGACACUUGGACUGAUGUCCGUGAUGCAUUGUUGGCUGCCAACCCCCUCAACAAGCAAGCUUUGGAAAAGAUCGAGACCUCUUCAUUUGUUGUUUGUCUUGAUGAUUUAACACCCAAGACCCGUGACGAGUUGUGUCGUGCCUGCUGGCAUGGUGAUGGUCGCAACCGUUAUUUCGACAAACCUCUUCAAUUCAUCAUUUUUGAGAACGGUAGAGCUGGUUUCAUGGGAGAGCAUUCUUGUAUGGAUGGUACAGCCACUUGUCGUUUGAACGAAUACGUCUGUGACGGUCUUGCCAGAAACUUGAUCAAGCAUGGUCACAACAGUGUUCGCUCCAACAUUCCUCAACCCCAACAACUCAACUUUGUACUCAACAAGAAGAUUGAGGAUUCCAUUCAAAGUGCUGAAAAGGCCUUUGAUCAAUUGAUUGCCAACCAUGAGAUGACUGUCCUCGCCUAUCAGUCAUUUGGUAAGAACUUGAUCAAAAAGUUCAAGUGCUCUCCCGAUGGUUUCGCUCAAAUGGCCAUCCAACUUGCUUAUUACAAGAUGUUCGGUACAUCUCGCCCUACUUAUGAAUCUGGUCAAACUCGUAAAUUCCAGCGUGGUCGUACCGAGACAUCCCGUACUGUCUCUGAUGAAUCUGUUGCCUUUGUCAAGGCCAUGGAGGAUCCCAACUUGCCCAAUGAGCAAAAGAUUGCUGCUUUCCGUGCUGCUCUUAAAUCACAAGGUCAAUACAUGGCCACUGCUGUCAAUGCUCAUGGCGUCGAUCGUCAUUUGUUUGGUUUGAAGAACAGCUUGAAGGCUGGUGAACCCAAGCCUGCAUUGUUCACUGAUCCUGCCUUUGCCUACUCUUCUCACUGGUACCUCUCUACUUCUCAAUUGUCCUCUGAACAUUUCGAUGGUUACGGUUGGGGUCAAGUUGUGAAUGAUGGUUUUGGCUGUGCUUACAUGAUCAAGAACAAUGCUCUUCAAUUCAACGUUGCUAGCGUCAAGGAUCUUGAGGUUCAUGACAAAAAGUACAUUGGAGGCACUUAUCAAUUCAAGCAAUGUCUUGAAGAUGCUUGUAAUGAAUUGCGUGAUUUGUUGAUGACAGAGGUUCCUGCUCAAGCCAAGUUGUAA